UCUCAACCGCUUCUUGUGCUGGAGUCCAUUUGUGCCACUGAGUCGUUUGUCAUUCGGCGUGUACCUUGUACACUCACCCUUCUACAUCAUGAUGUACCACAUCGCCAGGGAGCGCAUCUUCUUUUCUCACUUCACGCUGGUGUCCCAGUGCUUCGCCGUCGUGGUGUGGAGCUACAUCCUCAGUUACUUCCUGUUCAUCGCCUGCGAAGGUCCAACGGGGCAUCUUGAGAAGCUGGUCUUCAUGCCCGUGCGGAGAAGUGUGGAUUCGCCAUCAGACGCAACUAAAAAUGGCGUGCAUCACAACGGCGUCAACGGCAUCCCCAAAAGCUUACCUGCCUGUACUGACGAGCAGAACAAGUCUAAGAAGUACCUCAACGAGGAUUCGCUAGAAGCAGGUGUUGGCAUCACCGGAAAGGACAGUAACGAAUGCUGUCGUUUAUAGUGGCAUCGGCAGGACCGAGCAUGCUCCUUUCUUCACUGUUUAUGCAAGGCAACGCAUUUUGCUGAGCCGUUCGUACACAGCCACUCUACCUCCGCCUACCGGGCUGUUCCAAAGCACCUUUGAAAAAGGAAAGCGGUGAAAAAAAAACAAAAAAAGAAAAGAAAACGUGCCUCUGUCCCAUAUUGUAUGAAGGACGAUAAUUUCCGAGCGCUCGUUUAUUUGUUUGACACAACCUUGAUGAAAACCAGCAGAUAAUGAAGCCAAGCAAGGUAUCGGGAACGUUAAUUGUACUGUUUUAAGUGUAUUGCAGUAAUUGUGAUAUGGAUGUGAAGAAAGUAGUGCGGACGGAAAGGCAACUUGCUGCUGGCAGGAACCUAACCUACCUUCAUUCAUUUAUAGCAAGGUUCUUGUUCCGGCAGAGUUGAUGCCUUCAGGUUGUAUGCGAGGGCUCAUUGGUCAGCUGUCCGCUCGUUAAAGGUUCACGUGCUAUGUGACACCAUCUGGCAAAAAAGAGUGUUCCACACUCGCCAUCACGACUAAGAGCGGCGCUGACUAAAGCUCCCGGGGUUUGCAUGCACACAAAUACCCGAUAAGUGGACGAGGAGAC